GUGUCAGGCUUUUAAAUCCGGCCUAUAAGGGAAACGUCCAAGAAUGCUGCUAAAGAACGCAGAUCCAAAAGCUGCUUUGUCCAUCAGAAAGAACGCCUCAUGUUCGGCAGUCUUUUAAAGAAGCCAAGGACUAGCAGGACAGCUCUGUGACUAGCAUUAGGCAAUUACUCCUGAACACUCGGGUCAUGGCAACCGCUGCUGUAACCUUGUACCACUGCUCUGUUUUUAUCUGGUAUGUUUUCCUUACAUAUUUAUUUUUUACAAUUAGUACAAAGGAUCAGCCAGAUGGAGUUUUUCUUUAUGGUGGGCUGUGGAAAUACUUGACAAUUCUCAAUGUGGUGUUGCAGACUGGUUUCUAUGCAAUAUGUUUUGUGGCGGAUCUUUUGAUGUCAGUGCCUGGUGUGAAACUUGUGAACUAUAUUGUCUCCUGCAGGGACCUGGUCUUCUCCGUCCUGGCUUUUCCAGCAUCUACUUUUGUGUUUUUGGCCUUUUGGGCACUGUACAGUUAUGACAGACAGCUGGUUUACCCCGAUGGCCUUGACAAGAUCAUCCCAUUAUGGCUCAAUCAUGCUGUGCACACAGCUGUGUUUCCUCUCGCUGUUUUGGAAAUGGUAACCUCUCCUCAUCGUUACCCACCAAAGAAAAAAGGGCUUCUCCUACUGGGAUUAUGCUCAGUGUGUUAUCUAAGCUGGGUAUUAUGGAUAUAUUUUGCUGACGGCAAGUGGGUUUAUCCUUUUCUUGGAUUACUCAGUCCAUUUGAAUUUAUAAUGUUUUCAUUUAGCAGUAAUGUACUCGCUGGGUCUGUCUAUAUUGCUGGCGAAGCUUUCAAUCAUCUUUUGUGGGGAGAAAGAGAAUACAAGAAAAGAACAAAUUAAUGCCAGAGGAUUCAUGAAAAUUUACCCGAAUUGGGAGCCCCACCUUAAUGUUCAGUCACCAGCCUAGACUGUUCCAGUAAUAAAAAGGCACUAAAAACCCAGAAGUAUUUAAGAAAUUCUGUAUGAAGAACAGACAUGAACUUCAUAUUUUUCAUUUAAAGUUAUUGAACUUCUUUUUUGGUUUACAUCUCAUUCUGGAUCAUAUACCCAAUCAUUUUACAACCCACAGCAUUAUCGAUGGUGUCUCUUUGCAUAAAGAAAUUAGAUGUCAGCAAGCAGUUCUUUUUUUACAUGCCCCUGCCCCAGGAUUUUAGGGCAAUUAUUAAGAAAAUUACAUGAUUAUAUGAUGCCAUAGAAAUGUUAAACUGGAAAUAUGUAUGUAUAUACAAUGAAGACAGAGUGUAUGGUAACUUUCAAAAGAAAAAGUAUAAGUAGGUGGGUGGCACGUUGUUUGGCACCCCCUAGUGAUACUAGUUGCUUACUUGAGACCUCAGAUUAGCUCUCCUCUUCUUCUGAGCAAACACUUGCGUAAUACAGAAAUUCUUUCCCAGUUACUGUGCUGUACAUGUAUCAAAUGAGUGUGGUUGUACAGCGUUGAGAA